AUGUCCCCAGUGCCCUGUACCAAAUAUAAAAAUGCUGUACAAAAUAAUAAUUAUUCCGGUGGAAUUUUAACUUACGUUUAUAGGUGGAAAAUAACAAAUUGGAGUGAUGUUAGACCUUUUAUGGAACAUACUAGCCCUCCUUUUAGUGCUGACGGUUUACAAUGGGUAUUUAAGUUUUACAAAGGCCGUCAAAAGAAUCCAUUGGCAUUAUCAUUAUAUUUGGGUAUUUUAGAAACUUCGCCUGGAUGUCUCCGUGGUGUUCGUAAGAAAGUCAGUAUUAUUUUUGUAUUAGAAAAUUUAAGAACCAGAGGAAUGGAUUUUGGAAAAAUGGAACUUCCUGUUUGGUUUUGUGAUAAACAUUCUACAUGGGGUGAAGAAAAUCUUAUGUCAUUGGAUGAAAUGGAUAGAUUUAUUAGCAAUGAUACAAUUUCAUUGUGUGUUAAAUUUGAAAUUCAAGAUUCAAUUGUUGAUUCACCACCACUGAUUUCAAAUUCAUUUGAUCAACUUGUCAAUUCACCAGAAUUUUCUGAUAUAACUUUUCAUGUACAUGACGAAUUCUCGCGAGAAAAACUUUUUUAUGCUCAUAAAAUAAUUCUUGCCAGCUCAUCACCAGUAUUUAAUGCAAUGUUGACUAAUGGAAUGAAAGAAACAUUUGAAAAUGAGAUUGAGCUUCAUCAAAUAAAUCAUUCAGCCUUUCUUACUUUAUUAAAUAUAAUUUACAAAUCAAAAUUUAAGAUUAACUCAUCAUGUGAAGCUGAACAUUUACUUGCUUUGGCUGAUAGAUUUGCUAUCGUGCCUGUUAGAGAAGAAUGUCUAAGAUAUUUUCGAUUGGAGUUGAAUUUUGAUAAUGUUUGGGGAAUUUGGGCUAUCGCUGAGAAAUAUUUGUGUGCAAAAACCUCAACUACAUGUAAAGACUAUGUUGCCUUACAUUUUGACGCACUCCUAGAAAAAGGAUCUACUUUACAUGCUGACCCCAAUAUAUUACGUCUUGCACUUGAAAAUGAUGAAGCUAAUGUUAGUUCUGAGGAGAAGAUAUAUGAAUUAGUAGUUAAAUGGGCAACAUAUUCGCCAUCAAACAAAUCAGCAAAGAUGACAAAAACAACUUUGACAUCCUUAUCACUAUCUGAUAAUGACAAUAACAAUAAUAAUGGUGGCAUUAGUAGUGGUGAAGAUAAUUCAACAAAUUUACGAGUUGAAUCUAGUAAUAGUCAAUCAAUUAAAAAUCAACCUACCACAUUAUUUAUGCCAUCAGAAUUACCAGAAAGUGAUAGACUUGCCGCAUUACCUUCAUUGCUUAAAUGUAUAAGAUUUCCAUUAAUGCAUAAACGUUAUAUUCUUGAAAAGGUUGAGGGAAAUCCUGUUAUAAUGGCAGCUGAAGGAAUGAAAGACUUGGUUAUUGAAGCAUAUCGGUUUUUAUUAAUGUCGGAUUUACUUGUCAAUCAACUUACAUAUAGAACCAAACAUCGUAGAAGAAAAACCAAAGCUGUUGAUUAA